AAGGGUGUGUGUGUGGGGGAUACACGUGGCCACUCCCCACUGUGGCACCCAGCACUGGGUGCAGCCCCCCCCCCCCCCCAGCCCCUUGGGUGGACCCCACGGGUGCUGCCCCACUGGCUGCUGGCCCUGGCACAGCGUGGGGAUGGGGGUGUCGAGGCGGCGCCCCCCCCCCCCCCCCUCCCCGGUGCUCCCAGGGUACCUGAAAGGCCCCUUUGUGCCUCCCGCCGCGGGGGCGCAGUGCCAGGACGGUGGCUUCCUGCUCCCCCCCCCCCGCCCCGGCCCCAUCACAGGGCUCAGUGUCACCGCGUCACCGCGAGCGCCGGCACCCUUCGCCCGGCCCCACGUUAAUGAUCCACCCGCCUGCGCCGCUGCCACCGCCAGCCCCCAGCAGCCGCCCCAGCGAGCCGUGUGUGUGUGGUGGUGGUGGUGACAGCCGAGCUGGGGGUCCUCGGCCCGGACAGCUCGGGGGGGCCGGCAGCUCCCUGCCCCACGCCCCACCCCUCCGUCCCGGCACCCAGAUAAGAGCGGCUGCUGGGAGCACCCACUUCCCGGCGCGCGGUGUGGGUGGGAGAGCUGGCCAGGACCAUGGCUGUGGCGACGGUGAACCUCCGUGCUGUGACUUCGUGGGUUGGCAUUGCCCGGCUCUUCGCCAUCGUGUUGUCCUGCAUCGCCUUCAGCUUGGUGGCCUCCACGGGGGACUUCAGGGGUCCCUACGGGACGUGGUGCAUGUUCACCUGGUGCUUCUGCUUCGCCGUGACGCUGCUGGUGGUGCUGCUGGAGCUGCUGGAGCUUUACCCCAAGCUGCCUCUCUCCUGGGAUGACUUCACCUCGGCUUUCUCCAUGCUGGCGGCGUUGAUGGUCUUCACCACCUCCGUGGUCUUUCCCUCCACCUUCAUCAGCAGCCCCUGCAGCGGCAGCAAGUGUGUCCGCCAGGCCGUGGCCACCACCAUCUCCUGCCUCUGCUUCCUUGCCUACGCCCUUGAGGUGGGGCUCACCCGUGCCAAGCCGGGGGACGUCAGCAGCUUCCUCUCCACCGUGCCUGGGCUCCUCAAGGUCUUCGAAGCCUACGUGGCUUGCCUCAUCUUCUCCUUGCUGGAUGCCUACAGUUCAGAAGCUGGCCUGCAGUGGUGCGUGGCUGUUUACUCCAUCUGCUUCAUCAUCACCCUCCUCAUCAUCGUCUUCACCAUCGGCCGGUGCCUCACCUACAUGCCUUGCCCGCUGGAGAAGAUGCUGGUGGGCUACAAUGCCCUGGCCCUGGCGAUGUACAUCACUGCCACCAUCCUCUGGCCCCUCUACAGCUUCAGGGGAAGGAGCCGCCCCGACUCCUGCGGCAGGAACUGCUGGUGGGACAAGCACCUGGGCAUCACCUUCCUCACCAUCUUCAACCUCAUCGCCUACUUGGUGGACCUGGUGUACUCCACCAGGAUGGUUUUCAUCAGGACAUCUUCCUAAGGGCUCCAGGUGGCCCCGGUGGGGCGAGGGGUGGUGGGACUCGGCUGGGUGCUGGUGUGGGGCUGCUGGUGGAGCUGAGGAAGAGGCCGGACGCCUCGGAAAGCUCCUUCUCCCCGCGCCGGAGCAGAGAGGCGUGGGGUGCUCCCGGGGCUGCCCGCCCAGGGGGGGCCAGGGGGGCUGGGUGGGGUGGACCAGGGUGCUCCCGAAACCCUGGAGCUGGGGAGGAGGGGGGGGUGGGGUAGGCUUUGGGAUUAAAUUGGGCCAUUUUUCA